AUGGCGCCUAAGGAUAUACCUUCACCCGAGGAAAAAACUAAUGUACUGUUCGGGGAAGAAGAAGUAGUUCAUAAUAUAAAUAUUGGAAAUAUGAUUUUGGACGCAUUUAAAUCUAAGCCGGAUUUUAUCGGUCAGAUAGAUGCAGCGACGGGAGAGGAAACUACAUUCAGGCAGAUGCAAGAGAACAGCGUGAAGUAUGACAUACGACUUAUGUAUUUUCUGGCGGAAUACGAACCGAAAAUAAUCUUUAUCGAUGGUAACAAUUACAAGACGCUCAUACGAGUUAUCAGAAGCUUAGUUAAUCAAGGAGGAAUAACUCCUCCGAAAAUUAUAACUUUCAAUAGGGUUGAAGGUGUCGAUUCUCUCGAAUCAAUUCUGAACGCCGACGUUGACAGAGCCAAAAUAGACAUGUUUUCCUGCGACGAAACAGAUCCUAUGACUAUUAUGGCAGAAAUGUUUUCUUCCAAUGCAAUAAGUUAUCCUGGUAAAGCGAACGUUCGUUACUUCGCGUUGGCGUUUCCGUCGAAUCAGGAGGUACCCGCAAUGUCUCCCGGUGACGUUGGCCUAUGGUAUGGAUCUCUAGUUUGGACCCACAGUCUGAUAUUGACCGUUCGUAGCAUAAUUUCGUACGUGACAGUGAUAAAGUCCUCCAAUUUCACCGCUGAAGACAUGUACGAAACGAUAGAGAAGUGCAAGGUGAAAUGGGUGUUUCUUGAAAGCAAAAUGGGCCGUCAAUUAUUUCAAACCGAUGUUCGUAUGUAUGAUGUCUCUUCCUUGAAGCAAUUGAUUUUCGGUGAUUCCGCCAUCGAGCAGAGUACUUACGAAAACCUCAACGAGUACUUUACAAACGUGUCUAUCAUUCAAGUAUACAGCAUAUCAGACUCGGGCAUAAUUGCUACUUAUCAGCGGGACAAUGAUCCGAUCGCGUCCGGCGGUUAUUUGGCUAAAAAUAUUCAAUUAAUGAUUCUUAAUAUACAAACGAAAAAACCUUUAGGCCCAAAUGCACUAGGCGAGAUUUGGUAUAAAUAUACGUGCAAGUGGUGCGACGCUGAAACAUGCCAAUCGCUAUUUUGUUGUAAUAACCGAGUGAACAAGAAUAAGACUAAGAAUAAGAAUAAAACGAAGCAGUUCAAUAGUGCUGCUAGUAGUGCUAGUCAGUAUAAUGAUUUCUCUUAA